GUUCCGUGUUGUGCAAUGGACGGCAGUGUCCACCAAGAUAUAACAGUUGGUACUAAGAGAGGAUCUGACGAGCUUUUCUCCACCGUCUCCAACGGCCUAUAUAUCAUGAGCACCACAGCCAAUGGCAACGACAGUAAGAAAUUCAAAGGUGACAUAAGAGGUCCUGGAGCGCCGUCCAGGGUCAUCCACAUCCGCAAGCUUCCGAACGACAUCACAGAGACCGAGGUGAUCAGCCUCGGUCUGCCCUUCGGAGACGUCACCAACCUGCUGAUGCUCAAAGCCAAGAACCAGGCCUUCUUAGAGAUGAACUCAGAGGAUGCAGCUCAGAACAUGGUGGGUUAUUACUCCACAGUGAUGCCCAUCAUCAGGCACCAUCCCGUCUACGUCCAGUUCUCCAACCACAAGGAGCUCAAGACCGACAACUCCCCCAACCAGGAGAGAGCCCAGGCAGCUCUUCGGGCCCUCAGUACAUCUCAUGUGGACACAGCUGUGGCAACCCCGAGCUCGGUGCUGAGGGUGGUGGUGGAGAACCUGGUCUACCCCGUCUCCUUGGACGCCCUCUGCCAGAUCUUCUCAAAGUUCGGCACAGUGCUGAGGAUCAUCGUCUUCACCAAGAACAGUCAGUUCCAGGCUCUGCUGCAGUACCCGGACGGAGCGUCUGCCCAGGCAGCUAAACUGUCUCUGGACGGACAGAACAUCUACAACGGCUGCUGCACGCUGAGGAUCAGCUUCUCCAAACUCACCAGCCUCAACGUCAAAUACAACAACGAAAAGAGCCGCGACUUCACCAGACCCGACCUGCCCUCCGGAGACAGCCAGCCCACCAUGGAGCACCCGGCCAUGGCCACAGCCUUCACUCCAGGUAUCAUCUCAGCUGCUCCGUAUGCAGGAGCGACUCACGCCUUCCCGCCAGCCUUCACUAUCCAACCUGCAGUGUCCUUCCCCUAUCCAGGCCUGACGGUCCCCGCGCUGCCCGGAGGCCUGGCCUCGCUGUCCCUCCCCGGGGCCACCAGGCUGGGAUUCCCCCCCCUCCCCGCCGGAGUCUGCGUCCUGCUGAUCAGCAACCUCAACCCCGAGAGAGUUACGCCCCACUGCCUCUUUAUUCUCUUCGGUGUCUACGGUGACGUGAUGAGGGUGAAGAUUCUGUUCAACAAGAAGGAGAACGCUCUGGUUCAGAUGUCUGACAGCACACAGGCUCAGCUAGCCAUGAGCCACCUGAGCGGCCAGCAGCUGCACGGGAGGUCUCUGCGCAUCACGCUGUCCAAACACACCAGCGUCCAGCUGCCCCGAGAGGGCCACGAGGACCAGGGUCUGACCAAAGACUACAGCAACUCCCCCCUGCACCGCUUCAAGAAGCCCGGCUCCAAAAACUACUCCAACAUCUUCCCCCCGUCUGCCACCUUACACCUGUCCAACAUCCCCCCGUCUGUGGUCGAGGACGACCUCAAAAUGUUGUUUUCCAGCUCAGGAGCCCUGGUCAAGGCCUUCAAGUUCUUCCAGAAGGACCACAAGAUGGCGCUGAUCCAGAUGGGCUCGGUCGAGGAGGCCAUCGAGUCCCUAAUCGAGUUCCACAACCACGACCUGGGAGAGAACCACCACCUGCGGGUCUCCUUCUCCAAGUCCUCCAUCUGAGCCCGGACAUCGCCGUCCGAAUCCUCCACACUCCUCCGAGAGCGGCCUCGGCGGCGUCCACUACACUCCGAUCAUUCCAACGCACGUCUGCAGAAACCGCCGUCUGGUCUGGUGUGAUGUUAAAUUAUUUUUUUAAACUCACUUUUCGGUUCUUUGCCUUCAAAGAGGAUUAGGUCCGAGAUAACUGCUGUUAAUCUCGGAGGUCGGAGAAUGAAGUCAGUAUUCUGAGAGUCAGGCUUUUUGGAAUAAUUAUCAGAUUAUAGUCAGAUUUGGGCUGCGAUCAUGUCCGUGUCUUCGUGUCCUUCUUGUUUUGAAGUCGAUACCUUUCAGCCACUCUUGCCUUUUGACUUUAAUCCCAGAAUCAAGGAAUUCAAGUCAGCCUUCUCACUACGUCUGACUUUAUUAACUCAGAAUGUUUUCUUUAAUCUCAGAUUGGCCGCUGUCCGUCGGUCGCUGCGGUCCUAAUCCUCUUCUCUGAAGCUUCCCCUUCAAAGUCAAACUUAUCUUUAAAAUAUCGUCUCUGACAACGUUUGGAAGUCACAGAUUUACCCUCAAACUGUCAGAUCUUAGCCCGGGCCUCGUUAAGAAAGGCCUCGUUAAGAAAGGCCUCGUUAAGAAAGGCUCGGCGUGGCCUUCAGAUGAUCCCUGUGCCUUAUUCCUGGAGUCAGGAUGACCUCGACUUUGUUAAAAUCUCCCAUCAUGCCUCUGUAAAUUGGCAAAGAACAGGUUUACAGUGAUAAAGGUUUACUGUCGAUGAGAUGUAUUCAGAUAUAUCCGUGUUUUCUGUGUAUUUUAUUGGUGUUUCCAGUCCUUGGUUAGUGUUUUGUACUGCUGGUUACUGUAGCAUCAAACAUGUGAACUGAUGUUUUAGCGGGUUUGCUGGGUCUUUAGUUCUAGAUGAAAUCCUCUUUUUUUCUAUUCCUUUUUGAUUUCUUUAUUUCCAUGUAUGCAAUCACGUUUUAUUCAAAUCAAAUAUUGUAGCAAUAUUUUAAUCAUUCCUGAACUUUGGUUUGUUGAGUUUUGUUGUCUCGGCAGGCUCGGCGGCGGUUCCCGCCCCCGGCCGCCUUUUACACUUCUGUUUGUGAAUCACGACGUUAGCUCGUCUCGUCUGUUGUCUCUUGAACGGUUUUAUUUAUACAUUUGUGAUCCACUACAGCUGAAACCAAAAACGGCCUUCUAGAUGCAAACAAAUCGCCCGCCUCAGGUUUCUGGUUCCAAGGACGAAAAAAAGACAAAUAGGGUGAACUGGUUCAGGCUUUGUCGGUGUUUUCCUGUGGGGGUGUUUUUAUUUGUCGACCGCUUCACUGGAUUCAGCCCACCGCUGUGACUUCAGUCUCUGUUGCAAAACCAGAUGUAACGUGGAGUGCCUUCGACGCAGCGCUGAGUCCGUACAUCAGGUAUCCAUUCCUCUUGAUUCUGACAUGAAAGCUCGCCGGCGAACCCGGCGGCGAACCCGGCGGCGGUCAGAAAUGUGCAGAAACCAGGAGACGCUGGUUUGGUUUAUCUGUGUCUUAAUAUUCUUACAUCGACAUUCCAGCUGCUCAGACGUCCACCUGAACUUCAACUCGGAGACGCUCCUUCGCGUCCUCUGAAGGGGCCGCUGAGGGCUUUACAGCCGUGGUGCAUUCGAGGCGCCUGGGACGUUCCGUAGACACGAGUUUGAAACUAGACAAAACCACAAACUGGACUCCGUUUUCAGCAGCUGCUGUUUCCAGUUCGGUCGUUUAAGUAGACUGAGAGCAAUGUAAAAACCAGAGUCAGGUUCCUUGUGUAUGUACACGUUCUUGGCCAAUAAAGCUGAUUCUGAUUCUG